AUAUUUUAAAAGCCGAUGAAACACUUAAAAAUUUUGGAAUCAAAAUAAACAUUCAGGGAGAAUUUUGUUUUGCUUUAAAAGUAGCUGUUUCUUGGAUUUUUUAUAAUGUGUUUACCGGUCUGGUUGUAACUUUUUACGAUUUCAAAAACCUUGAAAAAAUAACUAAAAUAGUAGUCAUAGUUGUAGUAAACCAUGCAUUUUACGUAAAUUUGUUAAUUAAUCUAAAAUUUUUUCUGCUGAUCAAGCACAUGAAAUUGCGGUUUAAACAUAUAAAUAAAAUACUGAAAAAUUUUCUAAAAUCACAUUCCAAAAAUAUAACGCAAGAAGGAACAAAUGAUAGAUGGGUAACUUCCGUUCAAAAUAAUUUGGGAUUAGAUUUUCUUUGUAACGUCAGACGCGUACAUUUGGAAUUGGUAAUACUGUGCCGUAAUACAACAACAAUUUUCGGUACUCCACUCGCUUUUACUACAAUUAGCUUUUUUGUUCACAUUGUUUUUUCAUUAUACUGGCAAUAUUUAGAAUUGAUAAGAGCAAAUUUUGAUAUUUAUGAAAUAAUGCUUUCCAUUGUAAUAACUUCGAUUUGGAUAGUGCCUUUCUGUUUAAGCUUCCUCAGUGUUAAUUAUAUAUGUAAGGAGACCGUAAAUGAGUGGAGGCAAACUGGUGUAAUACUUAAUAAAUCGGAGCUCGAGUCCAUUGGUACUGAAUUCCAGACAGAAAUACGCAACUUUUCGGCUCAAGUACAAAGAAACAAUUUAAAGUUUUCACCAUGUGGAUUUUUUGAUCUUAACUUUUACUUCGUUAGAGAUUUUACUGCAGCGGUGGCUACGUACUUAGUUAUAAUGCUCCAAAAUUACCCUGACUAAAACUGAGCACCCGCAAAAAUCGUCAAAAUAGACAACCGCUUAUAUAGUGAGUGGCUUUAUACUUUUUUCCAGUGAACUUAAUAUAAUUAAU